AUGCUGCCAAGUAAGAGGGGUGCUGAUGAUCUUACAAGAUUCUCAGCUGAUAAUAAAAGAAAUUGCAGUGGAGAAGAGGCAACUGACUUGUCGAUUUCAGAUAUCUGGAGUGAGCUGAGUGAGGAAGUUGCAUCAAAGUUGUCUAGAAGUGUUGUCUCAAUUGCUUUGUCCAAUGGACAAAGUGUGCUAUAUGCAUCCUCUGGCAUAGUUAUAGAACGCCAGUGUAACUUCACAAAGUUCGUGACUUCAGCAAGUUUGGUUAGAGCUUUACAUGAUUCUGAAGCAAAUGGCCAUGAUAAGCUUGAGAUUGAAGUACGCCAUGAAGGAAAUGUUGCCAUAGGGUUUCUGGAAGAAUAUGAUUUGGAUCAUGAAAUUGCUGUUGUCAAAGUCAUGUCCGUCCUUGAUGUUUAUUGCAUGCCUCUCAAUCAUCAGGUGCAAUUUGACCCCCAUGGUAGAAAGACUAUGCAGGGCUGCGCACUUUUUUAUUUUUAUGGGAACUUUUUUGGCAUGAACCUCUUCUGGGAUAUGGAAAGACCAAUUUUCUUGCCAAGGAGUAUAAUUCUCGAACGUCUGGGGCAUUUUCAUACAUCCUUGAAAAAGAUUGUAUUUCUAAACCUGGUGAAGCCAGUCAGGGAUAAAAGAAGACGAAGACGCAUAGGUGUGAAACUUUUACCCCAUCCUGGAGGUAGGAUUAAGAUUUUUGGUGACAUAUAUCCUAAUGGUGUCUGGGAUGAACUUAAGGAAGGAGUUGCUCCUCACAUAUGUGGAAAUCUUGUUGCACUUGCUUCGUUCAAUGGUGAAUCAAAAUUAUUUGCAUGCACGGGAUUUUUCGUUGACUACUAUGCUGAUAAAUGCCCGGCUAUUCUGACAUCAGCAAGCUUGGUUAGGAAUCGUGAUGGCACAAUUAUUGAGGGCUUAAUGAUUGAGACAGGACGAACAAAUUAUGAGAAGAUAGAACCUCAUUCAUCAUUACCUGGUCCGGAGGCCCAUAUUGUUAAAGAUGGCGAGAAACAACCACAAAACAGCUGGAUGGGGGCUGGACAAAGUGAAGAUAUGGAUACCCUCAUGGAUCAAGAUGAAGGUGCAGCUAAUAAUGAACGUGCAGCCAUAGCCAAGCCCAAUAGAUAUUGGUACCGUAAUGGGGCUUUUAGCGUGUACAAGUAG